AACAAAUCAAAUAUUUGAUGCAUCACCUUUAGCACAUAGGUUGAUCAAAAUACUAGUUUAUUGGUUAGAACCUGAUUUUAGCAUUCCAUCGUGAUUUUAGUCGACAAAUAGACUGCGACCUCUUUUUUUUUCUACAGCUUGAAAUUUUAGUAUGGCUUAUGUGAGAUAUUUAGGAAAACCACAAUAAAAUCCAAAAACUAAAAACUCCCAUAAAGAUGCUCCCGAUGGCGUCAACUGCUCACCUCAAUCUCGCACUUUACCACCCUACAUUCCGUAUUUACGCACACGUCCCCAGCAUUUUACCCAAAACAAGUAAUGAACUUUUUACGGAGAAAAUUCGACGCCAUGUAAUUUUACACGCCUAACCUAACUGAUUAUCACAACACGAAAAAGUGAAAACCGUUAACGGAGAUAUGAUGCCACAACUUUUCAACGAACGGGAACACGACUUGGUGUUUGGGGCCCAAUAAUCCUGCCAAGAGAUAAAUGGAUGUGCUGAUAACAUUCUUCGUUUAAUGUAGAAGCGCGUUUCGAAAAAUUACUUUCCAGUUUCCGGUCUCCAUGCAUGUUAUGCAAAUAUGUACAGCUUUGUACAGGCCUGGUACCACUAUUCCAAUCUGACGUCAACGCCUAAGAAAGAUUUCCCUCAAACUUCCGCGGUAAACAAGACUGAGCGUGGAUAAUUUCGGCCGGAAGGGUCUUUAUUUUAAAUCGUGGAAAAAUAAAGCUGAAACGAACAAAUAAAAAUCGUCAAGUCUUAAUAAUGGAACCCGGAUGGAAACCCUGGGUGGAGUCUGGAUAUAUGCGUUGGAACCGGAGAAUUGCCUUGCGGGUACAACAAAGAUUUCAUUCAAAUUCGGCCUGCUCUCUAAAGGAUAUUGCAGUCUUUCUUUGAACCGGCUCGUCCAGCUUCACUCGAUUGAGCAUGGGCGCUCAACCCUAGACGUCGAGGAAUGGAGAAACAAAAGCGAAAAUAGUCAUACGGGAUAUGGUGAACGGGGUCAUUCCGUCAGCUCACGUUUUGUAGACCCGCGCUUCGAAUGGGGACGUUCAGCGCACGCUGACCCCUUUCGAUCGUUUAAAGCUCAAACCUAUCCCGUCAACAAGAAAGAAAAAUACUAUAGUAGUCAAAGUCCACCGAAAUCGUCCCACAGGCCAAUUAGUAAUCAAAAUAUUCCACCGUUUGGCUAUCCAAUCUCCAGCAACUUCCCCCAGUUUUCGUGUAACAACGUCAUCAUUCCGAGCCUUUUGUUUUACUUGAAAAGUCCGUUUUAUCCGCAACCCUACCGUGAAAAUACCUUCUGCCGCUACGUCAUCAAAAAGGCGUUCAAUGUUUGCUCGUUGGAGUUGGAUUUUCGCGAUUUUUACUUGGAACCCACUGUGGAUUGUUCCAAGGACUGGCUUCUCAUCGGCGAUCGCAAGUAUUGUGGAUUUCAUCGCCCACGUAAAGUCAUCAUUUCGCUCAACUAUCUCCAUAAGGAUCAGGAUUUCGUGAUCGAGUUUCGUUCAGAUUCCUUCCUUCAGUUUCAUGGAUUCUACAUCGUCGGCCGACAACUUCCUUGUCAACCCAUUCCGCCUCAAAUUCGCUAUGUGGCGAAUCCGCCGAUUCCUCCAUUGCGAACUCACGUAACACCGCCGUUUCCACGCCCAGCCCAUCCUACUGGACCAUCUGGUCCUUUAUUGCCACCGACCGAUGUGGUUAAACGCCCAAAAAUAGAAACUCCUUUAACGCCGUUGCUCAAUAAAGUCCCGUCCAUCCCAAACACGCCAAGACCUCAUCCACCAUAUCCUCCACCAACGUACCCCCCUCAGCCGCCCAUUAUUCCACCUGUGCCAACAUUCACGCCUACCUCUACCACACCAUCAUCCACUUUGUGCGACCUUACAUUGACUACACCGCAAGGCCAAUUUCAAUCAACCAACUAUCCAGAAAAUUACGGGCCCAAUCUUUCAUGUGAACUGAGAUUUGUACCGUCCAACAAAAGCUUCUGCGUACUCGAACUGCAUUUCCAGGAUUUUUACUUGGAAGAAAGUAAAGGGUGCUUCAAAGACGCUCUGAUUAUCGGUGGCAAUCGGUAUUGCGGUACCUCGUUGACGGAUCAAAGACUGAGGAUCACUUUCGUCUCGGGAUCGUCCAUCAGCCUGCAGUUUGUAACUGAUUCAAAUGGAAGCUUCCGGGGAUUUGAUGGGCGAUAUAGGAUGAUGGCAUGUGAAGAAUUUUCAACUACCGAACCUCCCAACACAACACCACCAGGUGUCACUUGUGAUCGUGUCUUUAGCGAACUAGAGAACACAGUCACAAGCGUUAACUAUCCGUUGCCUUACUUGAAGAAUCUCGAUUGCAUCUACACGGUCGUCAAAUUGUCACCAGUUAUUGAGCAACUACUCAUUUCCUUUAUAGCCUUCGACUUGCAAAACAGCACAGAUUGCUCCAACGAUUAUUUGGAAAUCAGCGCCGAGAGAUACUGCGGCGUCCAAACUGGAUUGGUUUUACGAGUGCCGUUCGUGGGAGCCGAUCCAUUUGAAAUUCGUUUCCACUCGGAUGGAGCCGUCCAACAAACAGGCUUUAAAUUAAGCGUUGUUCUAAUUGAUCGACAAGUUAAAACUGCUCCUCCGGCUCCGUCUACUUCACCAUCGAGUUAUCUUUGUCAAACGAAAAUCUUCAGCGAAUCCAGCUUCCUGAUCAUUUCUCCGCAAUUCCCUCUUCUCUACUUGCCUGGUCAGGACUGUAACUACAAUGUCAUCCGAAGAUCGCAAGAUGUCUGCGGGCUUCAACUAAAAUUUAUUUUCUUCUCGCUUCCUGGAACGAUUAACACCAUUUGCGAAGAAGAUUAUCUAGAAAUAGAAAACUACCGAUUUUGUGGAGAUUUGUCGGGACAAACGAGCAGAAAAAUUCCAUUUUUGAGCUCCCAAGUUUCGAUUGUCUUUCACUCUGAUUCGGUCGACAAUGAAGCGCAAGGCUUUUCUAUUCAGGUCGUCCAGCUUACCGACUGCACUACGACUGUGACGGAGAUAACAGCGCUCCCAAUCAGAGUUGAAGAUUCGUCUUGUAAAAUUCCUCUUUUAACUAACGAGGUUGUCAACUCGACUGAGAUAGAAUCGCGGCAAAAUCAAGAGUGUGUGUACAUCAUAAAUCAAGAAGAAGACGCCUGUGGCGUUCAACUCCAUUUUAAGGAAUUUUACAUUACACCCUCGAUAAAUUGUAGUGAGAAUUACAUCGAGGUUGACAACAGGCACUUUUGUGGUCAGCAAUUGAACAACAUGAAAAUUGAUGUCAGAUUCCAUGUCGACGGUCAGCCAAUAUAUUUACCAUUUCGUAUUACGCAACAGCAAAAAUUUUUGUGGAACUUGAGCACUUCCUCAAUUAGCUGCGAAAAGAUACAGAGAAAGCAAUGCAGUUCAACAAUAUGGUCUUCGGAAAGCACAUUUAAAUACAGUGCGUUGUCAAGCUCAGAGAGAACUGAAUGCGAUUUUGUUAUUCGAAGAUGGAGCCGUCGAAUGUGUGGAUUACAAUUGGAUUUUUUUAAUUUCGAUAUCACCGAUGAAACUAAUUGUGAAUCAAACUACCUUGAUGUUGGCGGGAAACAACUAUGUGGAAAUAUGACAGGUCGCAAGACAUCGUACGAGUUUUCGCCGUCGGAAGAGAUGGUUUCCCUGAAACUGGUCCACACCAAUAAUGUCGAUUUAGAAAUCAGAGUCAAUCAAAUUCAAUGUCGUUAGAUUAUUACACACGAUUACACACACCGUUUUUUGUAAAGUAAAUAU